GCUGCUGCUCUUGCUGCUGUUGACAAGCAGGAAUCUCAAUUCCGGUGCAUGCCGCUUGAUGCAUGCUGCAUGAGCAUUAGAUGUGGAUGGGGCUGUGGCGCCGUGUCUUUGUGGCCAAGCCAGCCGCUCGUUAGCCGGCAUGCGGUUGAGUCUUUGUGAUAAAAGGAGUACCCGGUCGCCUUCAGUUUCCAUUUGUGUUUCACUCGGCCAGCCGUGCGGUGGUGUUUGACAGUGCGCGAGAUUCAAAAGACUUACAACUAUCCAAGCAAUAUGUCGCUCUCUCGCUGGGGCAUAGCUGCUUAUGUGGCAUUGGUGCUGUUGCUGCUUUUGCAUUUCGGCAGCACACAGGAGGUGUUUGCAACAGUGGCAGCAGCAGCAGCCGCAGCCCCAGAGGCACCUUUAUAUCCCUCCCCCUACCCAUCCUCAUCUCCAGCGCCCGAGCCCACUUCCCAAGUGAAUGUCGAAACGGCACGCGCUAGCGGCUCCUUGCUUGGCCAGAGUGAUAUCUACAUAGCGCGCAAUCAGCGCCAGUGCUUCGAGACGCGCAAUCUGGUGUCCUGCAUCAAGUAUAAAACAUCAAAACUCAUCUGGAAGCUGGCCACCAACGGCAUGGGCUUUUUCCCCAACGAGCACGAGCGGGCGCUGGGCGAGCAGCAGCCACGCUUUCUGCGUCUCGUCCAGCUCAGCGAACCGGCUGAAGACAUUGUUGUCUUCAGCGACGCCAAGAGCCUGGCAGGCGACAGUGAACUGUUAAAUAUUUUCAAGUUCCUUAAACGCGCCGUUGAGACUUUCGGACGGAAUCAUGGGGUGCAGCUGGCGCUGCCGAAAGGCACAGCCGCCCGCGUAAUGGAUGAGGGUGAUGCGCGCGGCGCUCGCAAGAAGAAGAAGUGGCUGAUCCUGCUGCCGCUGAUCAUCUUGAUGAAAAUAGCUCACUUGAAGAUGACCUUGGUCACGCUGCUGCUCGGCGUGCUGGGCAUGAACGUGCUGCUGGUGGGCGGCACGGGCUGGCUGAUACACUAUCUGAAGUACAAGACGUUGUGUAAGAUUCAUCCGCAUCUGGUGCAGAGCCACUCGCACGUCUACGACUCCGAUCCGGCGGACUACUCACAGUUCCUGGGCAGCAGCUUCUCCAACAGCUACAAUCCGUCCAGUCCGCACGAGGUCAAUGUGAACGGCUACAGCAAGGACUGGUCAAGGACGAGCAAUCCCUACCAUGGCUACAACUAUUUGGAUACGAUUAGCAAGCGUAUACAGUGAGGCCUCUGCCACAUGAACGAUUUGUUCC